UCUCAUUCCUUCUCAUCCACAAAACAAUCACCAAAACAUGACUCUCACAAAAACCUCAUUAGUCCUUCUUCUUUGCUUCUUAGGUUUCUACUCCGAAACCGUCAAGUCCCAGAACUGCGGCUGUUCCCCGGACCUGUGCUGUAGUCAGUUCGGUUUUUGCGGUACUGGUAACGACUACUGUGGUCCAGGUUGCCAAUCAGGUCCUUGUACAACCCAAGCCGAAAGUCUUGGUACCAUUGUGUCGCAAUCUUUCUUUGACGGUAUUACCAACCGAGCCGGUAGUGACUGCGCCGGAAAAGGAUUCUACACACGUGAUGCUUUUAUUAACGCCGCUAAUACGUUCCCCAGCUUUGCCAAUUCGGUUACAAGUCUUGAAAUUGCUACUAUGUUUGCUCAUUUCACCCAGGAGGUCGGAUAUUUCUGCUACAUAGAAGAGAUAAACGGAGCGUCACAAAACUACUGCAACGACAAGGAUUUCCCACAAUACCCAUGUGCAGCUGGCAAAAACUACUACGGUCGUGGUCCGAUUCAACUAUCAUGGAACUACAACUACGCACCAUGUGGUCAGAGUCUUGGUCUCGACCUUCUAAGCCAGCCGGAGCUCGUAGGUAGCGAUCCAACUGUAGCUUUCAGGACAGCUUUGUGGUUUUGGGUGAAUAAUGUAAGGCCGGUACUGAGCCAAGGAUUUGGAGCCACCAUUAGAGCCAUCAAUGGAAAAGUAGAAUGUGACGGUGCGAGUCCAGAUAAGGUUAAUUCAAGGAUUAGGUAUUAUAGAGAGUAUUGUGAGCAGCUUGGUGUGGACCCUGGUUCUAACCUUAGCUGCUAAAAAGCUCUCUAAAGACUAUUGUUGGACGGUCGUCUCUAUGUUGAAAUAAUAAAAUGAAUUAUCAUGCAUGUUUGGGUUUCAGUGUUCCCUGCUUCACAAGCAAACAAAAAUUGCUGUAAUAAUCUUAUGAAAGUUAGUACAAACUAAAAAAAAGUUACUACAAC